AUGCCCGUCCAACAAAUUCAGACGCCUUAUCCUGUUAUCGACACCGAUCCCAAAUUCACCCGUGUUGUGCGUUACUUUCGACCUUCCGAUUAUGCUGCAUGGGCCGUUGGUACCGCUGCAGCUCCUGCCGCCAUUUUGGGCUUUGAGCGCGUGAACCCUGUUGGUGUUGGUCGCAGCCUUCGCAUCCCUCUUCGUAUUGCCACUCUCUUUGGUGCUUUUGGUGGUUUCCUUUACGCCUAUCAAAACAGCAGCUUGCGUUUCUGGGGCUGGUCCGAAAAUGCCGCUGAAGUUGCCAAGGAUCAAGAAGAGAUGAAGCAGCUUAUCAAGGAGGGCAAGCCCUUGUAUGGUGAGAGCUCUAUGCCCGAGCACAUUCAAGAGAUGUCUGCUAGAAACUCCCGAUUCGCUCAACUCAAGUUCAGCUCGAUUCCUUGGUUCAACUUUGCCAACCACAACAGCCAUGGUGUCGACACUUCCAAGUACAACAACUAA